GAGAAGCAUCACCACACUGCAGCCACUUAGAGACUCAGCAUCCAGCCAAGAGAUUUUACACUUUCCAAGAUGGUGAAUUACACAAGUGCACCAGCUGACGUGGAGUCGGGCCUAGUGGAGAAGACGGUUGUUCUGGUGGAGAAGUCCUCAUCCACUGGGUGGAUGGGCAAGGUGCUGGGGGGCCUGUUCAUCGCGGCCCUUUGUUUAGGAGGCGUCAUGAUGUUUUCUUUUUACUGGAACAGAUCUGAAAGCAUGCUGAAAUCAGGUCAAACAGCAGCUCUGACCAAGACGGAAGCCGAUGAGAAAACAGAUCACCACGAAACACUGAAGCAGAUCAGCAGCAGAGCCAAGGCAGCCAUCCAUUUAGUAGGUAGCCACCAGGAAGAGACGGCGAGCUCCAAAGAGAAGCUGGAGUGGCAGAACGGCCAAGGCCAAGCGUUCGCUCAGGGCGGCUUCAAACUGGUGGACAACCAGAUCAUCAUCCCAGAGACCGGCCUCUACUUCGUCUACAGCCAGGCGUCGUUCAGAGUCUCCUGCAGCGAGGACGACGCCGAGGGCAAGGAUGGACGGGGGAGACUCACGUCUGUCAGCCACAGGAUUUGGCGGUACGCUGAUUCCGAGGGCGGCAAAGUGUCCCUGAUGAGUGCGGUGAGAUCGGCGUGCCACGUCGGCCCGACUCAGGUCGGCCCGACUCAGGAUAACGCCUUCAGAGACGGACAGGGCUGGUACAACGCCAUCUACCUGGGCGCCGUGUUCCAGCUGAACCAAGGAGACAAACUGCAGACGGAGACCAACAUGUUCGCGGAGCUGGAGACCGAAGGCGGCAAGACCUUCUUCGGUGUGUUUGCACUUUAAAAAAAGACUCCACAGACUUUAUUGCUAUUCAUCUUCAGGGUGAAAUGUCGAAAUCUCAAUUGAGAUUAAAUUUAUGGAAGAUUUUUUUUUAAAUCCCUAUGAACUGUAACAGUUUGAAACCUUAUUUGUAUUUCAAGCACUUUUUUUUCUAUGUUAUUUAUGUUGACCUGAGAUUGUAGUGGACCAGACGUCCAGCAGGCUUAUGAGGUUUACGCUCCUGACAAUAAUAUCUAUUACAAUCCGUAUUUAUUGAUAUUUAUUUAUAUUUAAAAU